UUAGGCUUUGCAGAGAGUGUCUGUGUGCAUGCAUGUUAUGGCCAUUAGCGAGUGGACACAGUGUGAUCAGCCUUGCAGCUUCAUUGAUCAUUACCUCCAGGCUGACACUCUGGACUCAUCAUGGAGACGGGAAAGCAGCUGACAGGUACACUUGCCUUGGCUGUGUUCACAGCAGUCCUGGGCUCUCUGCAGUACGGCUACAGUCUUGGAGUCAUCAACGCACCACAAAAGGUGAUUGAGAAACACUAUGGCCGGGCCCUGGGUGUGUUGUCAGAGAGGUCUGGUGUCUUGUCAGAAAACAGCACAGAUGAAGAAGAGUUCCACGAGGCAGGACAGCACCCUGAAGUCAUCAUGUACUGGUCACUGUCCGUGGCUAUUUUCUCCAUCGGAGGAAUGCUGUCCUCCUUCCUGGUGGGAUUUACGGGAGAUCUGAGAGGGAGGGUUAAGGGCAUGUUAAUGUGCAAUGUUCUGGCUAUAGCUGCUGGACUGCUCAUGGGUCUUUGCAGGAUGUGGAAACCUCACAUCAUGGUCAUUGCCGGUCGAGCUGUUAUGGGCCUUUACUGUGGGUUAACAUCUGGUCUAGUGCCUAUGUACAUUGGGGAGAUUGCACCAAAGGCUUACAGAGGAGCACUGGGAACAUUACACCAGCUGGCUAUUGUUAUUGGCAUCCUCAUCAGCCAGGUAAUAGGUUUGGACUUUGUCCUGGGUAAUGAUGAUAUGUGGCCCCUGUUGCUUGGUUUGUCUGGAGCGCCAGCAGUAUUACAGUCUCUACUGCUGCCUCUGUGCCCCGAGAGUCCACGCUACCUUUAUAUCCUAUUGGGUGAGGAGGAGGCAGCUAAGAAAAGUCUGCAUCGUCUGAAGGGUGUAUAUGAUCCAUCUCAUGAUCUGGAGGAAAUGAGGAGAGAGAAAGAGGAGGCAGACAAAGAGGACAAGGUCUCUAUCCUUUCACUGAUCCGCUCCUCUGUGUACAGACAACAGCUGCUUGUUGCCCUCAUGAUGCAUCUGUCUCAACAGUUAUCUGGCAUAAAUGCAAUAUUUUAUUACUCCACGGCAAUCUUCCAAAAAGCUGGUGUGGCGCAGCCAGUCUACGCCACAAUAGGAGUCGGGGCUAUAAACACGGUCUUCACACUGGUGUCUGUUGCAUUGGUGGACAAAGCUGGCAGACGCACUCUGAGUCUGGCUGGUUUAGGAGGGAUGUGCUGCUGUGCUGUUGCCAUGACUGUGGGCCUCAAGUUACAGUCUGAAUACUCAUGGAUGAGCUACGUCAGCAUGGCAGCUAUAUUCCUCUUUGUGAGCUUCUUUGAGGUUGGUCCUGGUCCCAUCCCAUGGUUCAUUGUCGCUGAGCUGUUCAGUCAGGGACCUCGACCUGCAGCCAUCGCUCUUGCAGGCUGCUGCAACUGGACCAGCAACUUCAUCAUAGGCAUGACCUUUCCUUAUAUACAGGAGUUGCUGGAUGUUUACGUGUUUGUCCUCUUUGCCGUUCUACUCCUCUGCUUCACUCUGUUCAUUUAUUUCCGGGUCCCUGAGACCAAAGGCAAAUCUUUUGAGGAGAUCGCUGCCAUCUUCCAAAAAGGACGUAGGAAGGGCCUCAAAGAUGAAAUGGAACUGGAGCAGCUCAAAACAUCUACAGAUGCUUGAAGGUUGCUUUGUUUUAUCUAUCUUUAGGAAUACAAAAGGAAGCUAAAUCUGUCAGUAUUGCAAUGUGGACAUCCAUCCUUGUUUUAUAUUAGAAUUACUGAAGCUGAUGUUUGUACCACUUCAUCAUAUUGCACUCUUACAGCUAAAAAAAAUCACACAUCAGUUAUAUGGAGUGUUGUUUACAUUUACACUAGAUAGACACAUUACAUGCAAUGUUUUUGCCGUUAAAGUGGUUUAACUCAGUAUUAGCAGAUAAAAGUCAUUUUACAAUUUUUCCUUCAACCACAAAUCUACUGAACUUUGUUUUCUGUAAUGUUGCUUUUCAAGCUUUGAAGGAUGUUUUUGUCUGUCAAUUUGUUCACAUUUCUUUAUUUUAGCAACAGCAGGCAGCUGUUUUUAGGAAAUCAGCCAGAAAAAUCCAUUGAAUACUACCUAUUUAGCACCAAAUAAUGCAUACAAACAGAGCUGUAUCGCUGGUAAAAGUGGAGCACUUAUGAGCUACAAAAAUCAGAUUAAAACUUGGAGUUAUGAAAACAAAACUGUCAAAAGUAGAGUAAAUCUGGAGGAAAGUGGCAUUCAAAAACAUCAUUAAAAUCAAAUGUGUAAGUAUAAUGUGGUAUCUGUAUGCUGUGAAGUUCCCCCGUCACUGCUGUGUGUGUUUCUACUGCCCCUCAGUGGCUGGAGAGCUUCUUUGCUCCUUGUGCUCAGCUCCUUAUCCUCAUGCUACCUAAAGUGUCUGUUAUACUGUGAUGAUAUUUGGUUAUGAACAGGAUACAUUUCAUAAAAUACAAUCA